UCAGUGUGCGGCUAACUUCUACGAGGCUCGCGUUUCAUUUUCGUUUGACGCGAGCCGCGCGCGCACACAACGAAGGGAAAAACCUUCUCCACAAGUCGUCCACUGCUGGAUACAUUCUCGUCUCAGUCGCACGCGGAACGCGAAGCCGCGAGGAUCGUUGGCGUCGGUACAAUCUGUUCACCGUUCGACCGGCGACUCGCCACGUUUUAACGUUUAACAUUUCCAAAAAAUCAUAAAAAAAAAAAAACGGAAAAUUUCGUACGCGAGUGAGUUGAUACUAAUUAUCUCCAACAGUUGCGAGUGAAUUGCCAACAAUGCGUGCAGACUAAUAAAUAAAAAUUGUCAUGUUUACGUUUAUUUCGUGUUGUUUGUCGUGUCAAUUGAUAAAAGGCGAUGAAAAUGCGCGCGAACGAGAGUAAAAAUCACCAGUAAAUCGGAGUGCUUGAAUCCUGUUAUCUGGAGUCCGUUGGGGAGGAUAAAAAGGCUGAUUUUUGUUGUGUUUGAGUCAGUGGAAAGGUGGAAAAAUGGCGGGUGAGAAUAUGCAGAUUCUUGCUGAUGGCACCGUCCAUGUGAUAACGAGUCCGACGGAGAAAUUGGCCAAUGGUAUUGGUGAUGUGCAUUGCAACAAGCACAAUAACAAUGGAACGAUAACUUUACCCAAUGGUAAAGUUCUUGAGAUAACUCCAGUGGAGAAUGGAAAACUCAUGGCCAAUGGUGAUGAGAAGUCGAAUAGUCUCCAAACGGAAUUCGAUGAGGCUGAUAUUUCCUGUGGGUGGGGCCCCUGCAGACCCAACUGGCUGCAAUUGUUUGCAACUAAACAGGCGUUUUUGGUGACAUUCUGUCUGACUUGGGUGCUUCAAGGAAUGUAUUACACAUACUUCGUCUCGGUGAUAACGACGAUUGAGAAACUUUUUCAAAUUCAAUCGAAAACAACCGGAAUCAUAAUGUCAGCAACUGAAAUUGGACAAAUUGGUUCGUCACUUCUUCUGACAUACUACGGUGGCCAGGGCCAUAGGCCCAAGUGGAUUGCCUGGGGCAUGCUACUCUUCGCUGCCAGCUCCUUGACCUGCUCUAUGCCUCAUUUCAUCUACGGUGAGCAACUGAUAAAACAGAAUGAGAAACAGUUCAGCGAUGUUGGUCCAGAUGGUCAAGGAGGUGGACCCAACUUCACCGAUCCCAUUCCAGCAAAUUUAUGCAAAUUCAACGGAACAAUUGGCGCAACAAGUUCUCCACACUCACCCACGGACGUAGCAACAUACUGUGAGGGUGAAUUCCUGGAUGAUCAGCUAAUCCAGAGUAAGAUAACAGCAGUGGUACUGACAAUAUUUUUUGUCUCCCUGUUGGGAGUUGGUAUGGGACAAACUGCGGUCUACACACUUGGUAUACCAUACAUAGACGACAACGUUGCAUCCCGAGAGAGUCCUUUGUAUUUCGCGAUUACAAUAGGAGUAAGGAUUCUCGGUCCUGCACUUGGAUUUAUCCUUGGAUCACUGUGCACGAUGCUCUAUGUUGAUCUUGCUGCUGAACCACAGAUCACACCCACCGAUCCGAGAUGGGUUGGUGCAUGGUGGCUUGGUUUAGUUUUGAUAGCUGCGAUGCUCAUGCUGGUCAGCAUUGCCAUGUUCGCGUUCCCCAGUCGAUUGCCAGCCAGUCGAUCUCCACCCAAGAUAGAAGAUUCGAAGAAGCCGAGUCUCAGAGAUUUUCCAAAGGCGGUGAAGAGACUUUUGAAGAAUGACAUACUCAUGUUCAGGACUGCCAGCAGUGUUCUUCACAUAUUACCUAUUGCUGGACUCUAUACGUUCUUACCAAAAUACUUGGAGACUCAGUUUCGACUUCCAGCUCAUCACGCAAAUAUGAUCUCAGGUGUGGGAGGAAUCCUGGUAAUGGGCCUGGGCAUUAUAAUCAGUGGAGUAUUCAUUCUACGAGCAAAACCAAAUGCACGAUUUGUAGCCGCUUGGAUAGCUUUCACUGCUGUUGUUUAUGCUGUAGGAAUGGGCAUUCUCAUGUUCAUCGGUUGUCCGAUGGACGAUUUCGCUGGGCUCACAACGAACACAGAUGGGAUUCCUGGCUUUGAACCAACGUGCGACACCAGCUGUGACUGUGAUCUUUAUAAAUUCAGUCCAAUUUGCGGUGCGGAUAGAAAAACCUACUUUUCGGCCUGUCACGCUGGCUGUUCCAACUACACUGUGACUGAUGGCAAAGUUUCUUCGUUUUCAAAUUGUCAAUGCAUUGGCCAGAACGAAACAUUCCCAGAGCUACUGAGCACAGCCAAGAUUGGAUACUGUGAGUUAGAAUGCAGUAACAUCUGGGUUUACAUGAUUCUCUUCUCAGUAUUUGUUUUCAUCCAUUCGACGAGUGAAGUGGGUUCAAUGUUACUGAUACUCAGGUGUGUGGAUCCCAGGGACAAGGCCAUGGCCUUGGGUCUCAUACAAUUUGCCAUUGGAUUAUUCGGAAAUGUACCUUGCCCGAUAGUUUAUGGUGCUGUUGUGGAUUCAGCCUGUUUGGUUUGGGAAUACGCUUGCGGGGAGCGGGGAGCCUGCUGGCUUUACGACUCAAACAUAUUCAGGAUGUUCUUCCAUGGUACGACCGGUGGUAUUCUCCUCUUAGCAUUCAUCGUUGACGUUGUUGUGUGGUACAAAGCAGGAAGUAUAAAUUUCGUCGACGACCAAACGGGUGAUGACGGCUCCGCAGAAGAAAUGACAACCCUGAAAUCACAGGACGUCCAAGCAGUUGUGACCGACUACAGACGAAAUUCAUUUUGAGUGACGUAAUAAAAAAAAGGCAAGAAAAUAUAUCAUUAUUUUUCCAUGAAAAGUUAUGGGCAAAUGUGCAGAAGCUCGAUUCGUAUUUAAAUCGUCGAUUUGAGGAGGCAGUCAGCCAAAUCGUUCGACAGUGGGGUAAUCUGAAGAGAAAUUUCUCACUCGGGAGAAUAAGGAAUACCACAUCGACUAUUCAACUGCGCUAUUACAGUGAAUUUUUAGGGAGUAAUUCUAGGAGUAAGAGUUGUCAUAGUGAGUGUGUAGUUGGCUAAUUAUGUGAAAACACAAGCGGAUUUUUAUUUCAUCGAGCGGAGAAAAGGUGGGAUUUGAUGUUGCUUUUAAAUUCACUCAUUGGGUAUUUUUAUUUUACUGAAGGCAAACAAAAUGAGUGAUUGAGGAUGUUUAGACUGAUUUUUAAUCGAACGAGAACUGCAGUGAGGUGGUAAAAAAAUGUGCAGAGGUAGCUUACAGUUGCUUCUGAAUUUUUUUAGUUCACUCGAUUUUUGAAGAAUUUGUAAACAUCCUCAGUUUCUAAUGUCCAUGGGGAAUGAAAACAAUCGAGAGAAUAAUUUUUGUUUUUGCCUAAAUGCAACGGUGCUACCCACAGAGCGAGAUAAAUCGGUGUGCCGUGACUCGUUGAUUUACAUUAAUUUGUCAAUAGAUUAAAAUUCAAUGAAUCCACGUAGACUCACGUAGUUGUACAGAUAACUUGCCGCUUGUUGAGUUUGAAGUUCGAGAUUCCUCAGGGGCAAGUAGCUCAAAAGAUAUUGAAUAAUUUCACACAAAUGUUUAUUUCCUCAUUCACGGUAUCGCCGUCCAUUUCACUGAACACAGAGUGGUUAUACCCUACGGGUUUAUUGAAGAGGAAAAUUAUAUAUUAGGAUGACGAUGGCAAAUGCACGUUAGAGUAAGAUUAAUCGUGAUUUGAUGAAUGACGUGAGUGUAAGAUUGACGAGAGCGCGGAGGACGAGAUACAUUCAACAUAUUUUUAGACGAUUUGACGAAAAAAAAAAGAAAAUUAAUGAAAAAUGAAGUAAUAGUUAAUAACAAAGGAUAAAUAGAUCAGAAGAAAGUGGAAUACAAACAAAUGUCUAAGAGUAUUUUAAUAUGAUACUGUUUACAUGCGGCACUGUCGUGUCCAGGAUUUUAAGGAAGUUUGAAAAAUUCAAGAAUGAAAUGGUAACUCAAGAUUAUUUUAACGAUGAAAAAUAUGAAGAGAAAAUACGUUUUGGGCAUUAGAAUCGAUAAAUCAAAGAUACUAGAGAUAGUAGUCUUUUCAGCAUGAUAAUGAAAUUACUAGACGAGAUGGAUAAAAAUUUGAAACAAUCAUUUUCACUGAAAAUCGUAUUUUUCUAAUUAAAUAAACAUUCGAUUCCGUUUAAUCUCGAGAACGAGAUAGACUGGAAUUUUUAAUUUUCACUGAAAUGGGCAAAAUCAUAACUCAAAAUUUUAUUCUGAAUAUAUUUACUCGCGACUUAAUAUUGAAAAAAUCAUCAAUUUUUAGGGGUAAAUAAAUACAUAAAAACAUUUUAACUUUAAUGAAGAACACAUCACAUCGGUCUAAUAUCGCCAUCUCCUUCCUUAAGUUGUUGUUGCUGUUGUUGUUGUUUGUCUGAGGCGAAUCGAUGAUUAUUUUUGUCAACAAGAUAAUUCAUCCAAUUGUGAUCAUUAGAGUGGUGUAAGUUGUAUAGCUGGGCUGCUCAUAAAUAGUAAUCGUAGAAAGAUAUAUUGAAUGCAUAUAUAUUAUAUAACAUAUUAUUUCCGCACUUGUAAAUAGAGAAGUACAAUAACUUUUACCAAACUCAAUGGAAAAUUUAAUAAAUCUCUCACGUGGUGUAGGCGACUGCGGAACCGAUAUAUUUUAACCAGAAAAACCUUCCGAUGGAUGUUUAACUGUCUAGUUCUUGUUUUUUAAAUGUGGGGGCCGGGGUAAAUUGUGUUGAAACUAUUCGGUACAGAAAAAAAUUGAACAAUUUUGAAAAUUCUCCAUUAGAAAAAAAUCCACAAGCUCUUGAGUUCAGAAAUAAAUACCGUUUCACCAGCGCAAUGAGAAAUUACCAAUAAUAAAGACUGUACACCUCUGUUCAAUUAUUCCGACACUGCCACAGCCUCAAUCUCGAUGGUAAAUUUCGAUGGAAAAAUUCAGACUUAAGUGAAAUAAAUAUUAUCGAGAUUAAAAAAACAGAUAAAUGUAACGGAUUCACAGAAUUUCAUGCAUUUUUGGUGCAUUUAUUCAAUCGUUAUCGCUACUCUUAAUCGUCGAAUUUAAGGUUCCACAGUUCCGAGAAAUAAAAAGUACAUUAUUCAAUUUCCAAUUACUAGAUAGAACGAAGAUUUAAGAAGUGAAAAAUAUAAAUCAUUGAAUUACAAAUAAAAUACAUCCGACGAAUCACAGAUAAUACCACGAUGAUACUAUAUUAUAUAUAUUUUAGUAAACCAAUUUAUCGAUAAAAUGGAUUUUAAUGGAGAUAAUUAAAUUUAAAAAAAUUGUAAACUUAGGGUAAAACGAUUGGAGGAGAUAUGACGAAUUCAGUCGUACGAAUUUUAUCGUCGAUUUCACGUAAUUUACCGGAAUUAUAGUACGUAAGUGAACGAUAAUUGCUAGUCCCUGAAUAAUAUAUAUUGCGCAUACAAAACGAAUGAAUGUUAAUUAUUAAUAAACUAUUGAAUGAACGAAGUAAAUAUAUGAGAAUCAUUGUCAAUGAAAUAUUAAUUAUAUCUUCGUAACAAAAGACGAUAAAGAAAUCGAUUUAUUACUAAUAUAACUUCGAUUAACCGUUGAUAUUAUCAAAAAAUUGAGGAACAUCACGAUUUUUAUUCUGUCAAACGAUAAGAGACAUUAUCCUAUAACGAUUUUAAACCUUUUUAAAACUAUUUUUCCCAAGAUUCAUUAUUACUAUAGGAAAUUGAAAUUGAAUUGUCUGAAUUUUUAAAUGAGAUCUCUGUGAGAAUAAUUUGUAAGAUAGAUUUUGUUCCCUCAAUUUUAUUUUGUUGUAUCAAGGCUGUAAAUACGAUGACAUAUGUGAAUCUUUCCACAGGGGUUUUGUCCCCAAUUAUUCGAUUAAUUUCCGGUUCAGUGAUUUAUACAGUAGAAUUCGUUAAUUUUUUUUUUCUCGCGACUCGUCGCAUCACUAAUGUACCUUCAAAAUGCGAAAAAGCCACACAAAUACAUACAGAACACGUUCUAAAUAUUUUUAAUUAGCCCAAGGAUUGUCAAAUGUCUCGAGUAGUGGACUGUUUCCGACGAUAAGUAUAUGAAAAAAAAUUUAAUUGCGACAUUUAAACGAACGUUUGCUAAUCCCAGGGUUAAGACUGAUUCAGGAGAAUAUAUAAUGCAAUGAAUGAACCUACAUAUUUUGUAAUUAUAUUGUCAUUAUUGUUUGUAAUUAUUAUGAAUAAUGAAAAUUUGUUUAUAAUAGA